CUUCCUUCUUUUCUCCACAAGAAACAGUUUUUUUAUACAUUUUACUCUUUUACUUUAUUCUCAACCCUGUUACCUUUUUUUUUACAAUAUCUUAAGAUUAAUUCUGAUUCUGGUUACUUUUUCCAUCUAAAGAUCAUCAUGAGGUGGAAAAAGUUGCAUUGAGUUUCCAGAAAGAAAGAGAAGACAAAUUCUCGUCUAAUAGUAUUGGUCAUGAGUACGAUAACCUUCUAAUGUUUGUUCUUUCUUUUCUUUCUCUCCCAUUUUCUUCAUCACCAGCAUCCCCUCCCUCUCCUCCUUCUCUCUCCCGCUCACCAAACUUCAUCAUUUCGUUUGAUUCUCAACCAAAUGAAUGUUGAUCUUGUUUCACAAGUAAUAGUGACCUCCAUACUUUUGCUCCGUUAUGCUUAUUGUUUGAAUUAUUAUUUCUACUCUGUAACCAGCAUCAUCAUGUGUUCAUGAGAAAUACACAAAUUCAUUGAGUCUUUUCAGACAAAUUACAACAAAAUUCAACAACUUUUUCCCUACAAAAUAUAAGUUUAUGUUUCUAAAGUUAAGCAUCUUCUCUACUCUCAACUCGCUCUGUUUAUCAAAUUGACCAAAAAGGAAUUGAAUUAAUUAAAAGCCAUAAAAUGGACAAGGCAAUGUGACCAAUUGUGUUUGGAAAAUUGUGUUAUAUUAAUAUUGUUGAUAACGGAACAGUUUCUGAGAAAAACUCACCAAAAUCUUCAACAAGUUUAACAUCAUACGAAAAGCAGGUUAUUGAAGAUCGUAAAUGAAACGGUAAAUCCUGUUCUGAGUUAAGUGUUAAUUGUUAAAAUCUGGUCCAUCAAUUAGUUAAUUGUUGAAAAUGGGAAACAACAAUGGCAAAAACACAUCAGGACAAUACAAUAAUCGACCUCAUUCUGUUCUUGGUGUUCGAGGUGAUGAGCGAUACACUUUGACAGAUCCUGAUGUACUUUCCCGUUAUUAUCACUCACCUUCUCUUCACCCUCACCCUCAUCACCUUUCUCCACAUUCACAUCACUCUAAUCAAGAUAAAUUAGCUAAUAAGAUAUCCGGUAAAGCUAUUCUUCCUCCUCUGCCAAGAUCACAUUCGUUUCAUCAAAUCCUCCGACCCACUGAAAAUGGGGUUAACCUUAUUCAGAAAGGGACCAUUCGAGGUAUCGAUCACCAUCGUCAUCAUAAUUCAGGCAAAGAGUUAUUAUUAACUCCACCCGAUGAUAUACUUAAUCCUGAGUUAAAUGCAAUAUUACGUGAAAGAAGGUGUAAAAGUGAAGCUGAUCUACUGGGCGACGGAGAUAUUGAUGAUACAACUGCCCAAGAAGAUAAGUCAACAUCCGAUAAAAGCACCGAGAGAUCGAUUGAAGGAUUAAGAAAGGGUUUAGGUAACGGAGUGGCAGCGAGGAUCCAGCGUGCGAAGUAUAAAGCACCAGCACCACCAGUUCCAGUUAAUCGAAUGACAAAUGAUGCACCAAAUGGGAACAAUAAUAAUGAAUACAAUCCAAUUCGGUCUAAUGGUGAUCUUAAAAUGUCAUCUUCAUCCAUGAUGUUCAUUUAUUCAGAUUCAAAUAAUCGAGAUAGUAAAAGGAGUUUACAAGCCAAAGAAAAGUCAACGCCAUCAGCUGAUUCGAAUAAAUCUAAAUUAGGUUUAAUCCGUCGGUUAAGUGAUAAAUCAUAUUUUCCUAUUGGUCGUAGUUCGAGUGCCAAGAAUUGUCCAGAAUUGAAUAAUUCGUCAACACAUAAAGACAAUUUUGUUCUGUUACCCAGAUUAAAGGGAUCACCUUCACCCAAUUUCGACUCGAAUCAUGGAAAAAGAGACGAUCGAUACACCAACUACGACGAAAUGAACUGUCACAUUUAUCCAGAAUCAAACGAACCUUCACUCAAUGAAAUAAACGAUUUCAUUGCUAAAGAAUUGGCUUUGAGAUCAUCUGUCAAUGAUUCUCCCAAUGGGAUGAGCGAUAAAGAUCAAGGAGCAAGUGAUGCAAAUGAAAAUGGUCGACGAGGAGUAAGCAAAAUGUUCAAAAGAGAUAAAAUGAACGAUAAAAAUAAUCGAUUAAUUUCUGGUUCAAACGAACAGCUAAUUAAAAAUACUAAGCCAACCCAAUUACCGCCGGUGUUUGAUGACAAUUUCAUCUUAAAACGGACAACUCCAAAUGCUGGACUAAACCAAGACUCGAGAGGCUACAAUGGACCGAACGGGAUCAGUAAUAAGAAAGCACUUGAUCUUUAUCCAUCAAAGAUUAACAAUUAUGAGUUUGACAGAAACAAAUACAAUCAAGAAGGUCAAAUGUCACCUAAACUUGGAAUAUCAAAUAUGAUGUCAAAUAAAACUCGUGCUCACCAGAAUCUAAAUGGUCCAAUCAACCACAAUAUUCAGUCCAAUCACCAUUCUUAUCAUCUUGACGGAUUAAUUGGUCCAGACCGAUUACUUAAUUGUUCAUCUCCUUCCUCACCAGAUUAUCAACGAUCAUCCAACCAUAAUCAAAGACAAUCAUCAGCAAAUCAUCGAUCCCAAUGGAUCUUAGGAAACUAUCCAAGAGAAACCACACCAAUUUCGUUGUCAUCAUCUCCCUCAGUUCCACCUCCUCCUCCUCCUACUCUUCCAUUCAUCUCUGGUGAUUGUUCAAAUCUCUCUUCAAAUAGAAAAGAGGAAAGUAUCACUCGAUUGGACUCUUUGAAACACCUUAAUCACUCAUCGAUCAGUGACAGCGCCAAUUAUUCAGAUGAAGAUGAUGAAGAAGAGAUUAAGGUUGUUCUUAAACCUUAUCUUCCACCACCUCGUCGUUUACCCUUCAACGAAGAGCCAAUAAUCAUAGUUGAUGAUCUGUUCAAUAGCGACGAUAACAAUGUAAAUAAGUGUCCACCAUUAUCAUCGAAUCGUCAACAAUGUUGGACUCCGAUGGAAGACUUGACAAGCUCAGAAGAGGAAGAUCUUGAUGAAGACGAUGAUGAUGGAAUUCAUUGUGACCCACAAUCAGAAGAUGAAGAUGGAUUGAAUAAGAGAGAUGUUAGAGAGCUGAUUAACGACUAUAAUACAAGAUUCACCCUAAAGAAUCAGCUGAGAACCAUAAUUCAGAAUAAUAAAUUAAGAUCAUCACAAGGAUAUCCUUAAUAUCCUUAAUUGUGAUCAAACUAUCCAAUUAACUUAAACUGUUAUCCUUUAAUUUUAUUUAAUAAUAUCCUUCGUUAUUUACAUUCACUUAUAUUAUCAAUUUUUGGCUUAAUUGUUCAAUCAUAUUCACCUGACCAGAUUAAUUUAAUCUCAAUAAACUUUUUUGUUUUUGUU